UUAGCGUUAGAGUCCUCAUGAAUAUUAACAAGCCGAGUCUUCGUUACAGUGUAGCGCUCGAUGGCGGGAUGUUUGUGAUCUAAAUGGCUGCUGGAGCUGAUUCUUGUUUUCUGGGGUUCGAUUUCAGCACGCAACAGCUGAAAGUGGUGGCUGUUGAUGGAAAUCUUGAGGUGAUUCAUCAGAACAGCGUUCAGUUCGACAGCGAGCUGCCCGAGUUCAGGACUCACGGAGGGGUUCAUGUUCAGGAUGAUAAGCUGACCGUCACGUCUCCGGCGCUCAUGUGGGUGAAGGCGCUGGAUGUUCUUCUGGAGAAAAUGAGAAGCAAUGGGUUUGAUUUCUCUCGAGUCAAAGCUAUCUCAGGCAGUGGACAGCAACAUGGCAGUGUGUUCUGGAGGAAAGGUGCGAGACGAGCCCUGAAUCAUCUGGACCCUCAGGAACGGCUGCACCGUCAGCUACAGGAGUGUUUUGCGGUUCAGGACAGUCCGGUGUGGAUGGACUCGAGCACCCGGGGUCAGUGUCAGUGUCUGGAGCGGUCAGUAGGAGGCGCUCAGCGUCUCGCGGACAUCACGGGCUCUCGAGCGUACGAGCAGCGCUUCACUGGGAACCAGAUCGCUAAGAUGCAUCGCUCGAAGCCGAAUGAGUUCAGACAGACGGAGAGGAUCUCUCUCAUCAGCAGCUUCGCUUCUUCUCUGUUCCUCGGUGAUUAUGCUCCGAUCGACUUCAGUGACGGCUCAGGGAUGAAUCUGAUGGAUAUAUUUCAGAAGCAGUGGUCAGAGGUGUGUCUGGACUCCACAGCUCCUCAGUUAUCUCAGCUCCUCGGGGAUCUGACGCCGUCUACAGCCGUUCUGGGCUGUGUGUCUCCGUAUUACACCGAACGCUUUGGUUUCCCAGAGAGCUGUAAAGUGGUGUCCUUCACCGGAGACAAUCCUGGAUCUCUGGCUGGUAUGAGGCUUCAGGAAGGAGAUCUAGCGGUGAGUUUGGGCACCAGUGAUACGGUCUUUCUGUGGAUCCGGGCCCCCAGACCCGGCCUCGAGGGCCACAUCUUCUGUAACCCGGUGGACUGCAGCGCCUACAUGGCUUUGAUCUGCUUUAAAAACGGCUCUUUCAUCCGAGAGAGGAUCCGUGAUGAAUGUGCUGGAGGAUCAUGGGAGCGUUUCUCCAGCGCUCUGAGAUCCACGCCGAUGGGAAACAGUGGGAACAUGGGAGUGUAUUUUGACGUGAUGGAGAUCACUCCUCCAGCUGUUGGUGUUCUCAGGGUUAACUCUGAAGGUGAAAGGGUCUCUUCGUUCGAGAGCGAGCUGGAAAUACGAGCUCUGAUCGAAGGACAGUUCCUGGCCAAACGACUUCAUGCAGAAAGACUGGGCUACAAGAUCAUUGCAGGAACACGGGUCCUAGCCACAGGAGGAGCGUCGUCCAACAAAGACAUCUUACAGGUCCUGUCCGACGUCUUCAACGCUCCGGUGUACACCAUCGACGUCACUAACUCGGCGUGUCUGGGCGGCGCUUACAGAGCUUUACAUGGUCUGCUGUCUGAGACAGGAGUGUGUUUCUCAGAGACUCUCAGAGACGCUCCAGAGCCGCAGCUGUCUGUUAAACCCAGGGCCGGAGCUCAAGAGGUUUAUGAGCCGCUGAUGUUCAGAUACACAGAACUAGAAGAUCAGCUUCUUAAAGAUCAGCAGAAAACACUUCACCUGCUGAAGUGCUCUAUAUUCUCCGCCAGAGGCUCAUUAGUGAGAGAUGUUUCGGGCGUCCGCUUCAUCGUGUGAAGUUACAUCAUCUCAUCUCGGUCCAUCCUUCCCUCGUGGACGUACAGUCAGGAAAAGAGAGUUCCCCGUAUCUCCUUGAUGUUUGGAGCAGGUCUGAGGAAGGACUCUGUGACGAGGACAUGUCUCUAACAUGACGAAUGGCUGCAGGUUGCUGCGUCAUAACUGCGGCCUUUACCUGCCUUCACCCGCACAUUAGGACAAUUAAGACGGCUCCGUAACCUUCUCGUCUGGCUCUCUACGUGAGCGGAAAGACUUCCGUGACUGAUGACACCGUUACCACACACGAACCGGUUACCCUGAAUGACCGCUUGGAGAAGAAAGUGUGUGUUGGACAUGGACUGGAUUCACCCUGCUUAGGCUCCGUGCAACCCUUAAAAGAGUGCUGUGAAGAACUAGUGCUGAAAAGCCACGGACACGGUCUGGGCAGCAUCUUCUCUCAAGGACGUGAGGAAGGUGAGCAGAAAGCCCAGCGGCUGAAGUCACAUUGUGUCUGGAUCUUCGGGAGGAGAUUGGCAUUAAAUUUUCACAAGACUUCACCUCAGUGUUUGCCGGACGUUUGCAGCAUUAAACUUUCAUGCCGCUGCCGCAUCGCUGAGGAAAUUGACUUACGCUUUUUAUUUAAAGGUGCUCGCCUACGAUCAAUAUUUACUGAUGACCGGAUCAGAUCCGGCCCGUGCCGCCCAUCAACAGCUCAUUAUUUAUCACUGUAUUUAUACGUGCAUGAACCCGAGAUCCUGACACUUCAUCCUAAAGUUCAGAUGGAUAAGGUGAUUGAAGAGGAGCGUUAACUAGUUCUCUAAAGCUAAACCGCGGUGUGUUUCUGAUUCUGAAUGACUCCGUCGUGACAUGAUAAAGGUCAGCCGUUAAUAACGCUGGGAAAACGUGAAUAUUCAUAUCCUGGGCCUUUGGUCCGGCGAAGGGGAAGAUGUUUUAUAUUUUCACAUCAAAUCUUAAUAACCAGCUAUAAAUGCACACACCUUUCGCAUGAAAUUUUGCAUGCAUGAUCUUUAUGUUAACGGACGCUGUAAUGUAUCUCAUUAAAAAACACGGCGAUAAAAACGGCCGUAAAGUUUGAGGACGAAAGGACGGACAGAUCUACAGGAGAUCUUCAGAAACAAAUUUGCAUUAUAUUUUAUGCUCAGAAAAGAAAUAUGGUCACUAUUUCAUUUAAAUAGAGAUCCUAAUCAAACCUAUGCAAUAUAUUUAAGUAUAGAAAAAUAAUAAGAACAAAUGUCAUCUAAAAAUAAAGUCAAUAACGGAAAAUAUAAAUGGCAAAAAUAUUUUAAAAUAUAUUAUGUCCUUCAUGUAGAUUAUUAAGUUUACAGCAUUUUCGUUGCCGAUAUUUUCAGGAAUCUGUUCCGAUUAAUCGGCCAAAAACCGAUAAUAUCAGCCGAUCAUGUAAUUCAUGUAAAUUAUUAAGUUUUAAGUGAUCCUAAAAUAAUGAUCAGGACAGUACAAACAAGAAAAACAUUUUUGAAACGAUUUAAAAGUUAUGUCAAAUGUUUGAAAAAAAGUGUAUAAAAGUGGUAU